UAGACUGCUAGCUAUCAGACACAAAGUCCCAUAAGGCUUGGCCCUCUUUACUAAAUCUUGGUCUAUUUCCUUGCUUCGAAACCCAAUGCUAAUUUAUUAGUGUUAGUGAUUGUUGGUGCAAGAGUUGGGUGCAAUUCUAAAUGUGCGUGUAAUUCAUGGUUGUAUGAUAGUGUGUAUUCUGCUAAUAAUAUUUAGUGGUUUUGUAAACCAAUAUUCUCCAAGUGUCGUUAAAUAUUCUCAGGCCAGGGUGAAUUCUGUUUAUAGGAGAAAGGGAACACCCUGGACCUUAUAUACGGAUUGCGUGGAUUUUGCACUAAUUCCUAAAUCUUCUAGGAAUAAAAUGGCUUACAAUUUUGCUGGAAUGCCCACAGCUCCUAUUCCACCUAUAGGAAUGGGCCCCAUGGGUCCACUAGGUCCUAUUGCUGGAGCACAAGGUUUCAUGGAAUUAGCUAGUCAAGGAUUUCCACCAUUACCACCAUCAAUACCUCUCCCUGGUAUGAAUGAUUCUCCCCUGGAGUUCAGUACAAAUAAGAACCAGCCACCAUUGGUUCGUGAGAGUUCAGACGAUAAUACUGAUCGUAGAAGUGAGAAAAGUGAUGGCAGGAGAGACCGAGAAAAUAGGGAGGCUAGAGAUACUUGCAGAGAUGGAGGCAGAAGAUCAAGAGGAGAUCGUAGCGACAGACGAGAAAGAGAUCGUGAAAGGCGCGAGGAGCGUGGUGAGAGAUGCGAGAGGCGUGAUGAUCGCAGACCUGAAGAUAGAAGUAAUGCUAAUUCUACCUCAAGUAGCACCACCAAUACUCAUGUUAAUAGUAAUAGCAAUGAAAUGUCCUCGACACCAAGCACCACUACGAAUGGUACCCCUGGAUUAGGAGGAGGACCUCAGAUGGAACCUGCCACAGGCGUAUGGGGUAUGGGUGUUGGUUAUCCUAUGAUGGGAAUGGGUCCAAUGGGUCCCUUGGGACCCAUGAUGAGUGAUAUGACCUUGGGUCCACACAUGGGACAUGGAUAUGGACACAUGGGGAUGAGCAUGAUGCCUCAUGAUGGUGCUAUGCUAGGAGCUCAGAUGUUGGGACCUGAACAAAUGAUGAGUGAUGCUACAGCACAGAUUAUGAGUGGUGGUCUUCCACCACCAUCUUCUACACCUCAGGGUACCAAGGAGAUUAUUCACUGCAAAAGCUGUACUCUAUUUCCUCCUAAUCCUAAUGCACCGCCACCUACCACCCGGGAAAGGCCACCAGGAUGUAGAACCAUAUUCGUAGGAGGUUUACCCGAAAACAUCACUGAAACCAUAAUCCAGGAAAUAUUUGAACGCUGUGGAGAAAUUACCACGUUAAGAUUAUCCAAGAAAAACUUCUGUCACAUACGCUUUGUACUGGAAGGAAGUGUGGAUGCUGCUAUUUAUCUGUCAGGUUACAGAGUACGAAUAGGUUCUAGUGGGGAUGCUGCGAAUACUGGUAGACUUCAUGUUGACUUUGCUCAGGCUAGGGAUGAUCAGUAUGAGUGGGAGUGUAGACAACGACAGUUACAACGAGAGCAGAGACAUCGAGAAAGGGUUGAAAAAGAAAGACAAAGACCUCCGUCGAGUCCUCCACCAGUGGUGCACUACACAGACCACGAAGCAUCCAACAUCUGCGAGAAGAUCAAACAAGAUGACACGUUCAUGAAGGCUGUCCAGGUUGUAGUAACUUGGCUGGAACGCGGGGACUGUACGAAACGCAAUGCGAAUACCUUCUACUCUAUGAUCCAGUCUACAAACAGUCAUGUGCGCAGAUUACUCACAGAGAAGGCAUCAUACGAGGAGGAACUUCAAAAGGCCAAGGAACUUAUGAAGGGUAGAAUGCAGGGUCUUCUCAUCCAAUUCAGUCAGAUCGAACGCGUGUUCACUGCCGCCAGCCACAAGAAGGUCUGGGACCACUUCACCAAGGCCCAGAGGAAGAACAUCGAGAUGUGGAAGAAACAGUCCUCGGAAAUCAAGGCCGUUCAGCUGGAGGAAGCCUUGAUGGAGGGGGAAGGUGAGAUGGAAGUCUCAGACUCCGAGGAAGAGCCUCAACGUAAAAAAGGUCGAUGUCAUUCGGAUGUCAACGACGAGGCAGAACGGUUGCAGACUUUAAAAGAGGAAAACGACAGUCUUCGAUGUCAGCUGGAAGCGUACAAAAACGAGGUGGACCUGCUGAAGUCUGAGACGAAAGUCGAUAUAGAUGCCAAGGAAAAGCAGAUGAAGAUGCUCCAGCAAACUUUAAAAGGUAUGCAGGAACAGUUAAUGCAGUCGAGGAAGCAACAGGCUCAGGAUGAUCAUAAGAUCAAGGAUCUUAUGAUGAAGCUGAACGCUACUAGGAAGGAGGAUCCACCUGAAAGUGAGAUUAUCACCUUGGACAAAGAUGACGAUAUAAAUGAGGAGCCUAGGACACCAAAACCCUUGGCGAUAUCAUUGGGAUGCGUCCAGGUUACACAAAAGGACGCUAAACUAAUUGGACUCAUCGCUACCUUUCUUCACAUUCAUCCGUUUGGCGCUAGUGUCGACUACGUAUGGUCAUACUUGCAAAAAAUGGAGCCGGGCAUAAGGCCCAAUGAGGUGGAGGCGCUGAUGCAAAGAUUUCCUCAAGUGUUCAAACAGGAAUUGUCCGGGAUUGGUGCAAAUAUGGAAAGACGAUGGCAGUUUUCGGGUUUUAAUGUUUAUCGCAAUCAUUGACGAAAUUAACGCAGUUAUAUUUGGCGUGACGAACGAACAUUGUGAUGUUAAAAAUUUUAUAGAUGCGGAUGGCUCCGGAUAUUUGCCAGGAACCUUGAUUAGGUUCUCCCUGUAAUCGAUACUUUUGAUUCUCGAUUACGUUUUCAAAGUAAAUUUGAAAUGUUUGCUCGUAAAAUUAUUCUUUCAGUUUACGCAACAUGGUGUAUGUUAAAACACCUUCGCAAUUGUAGUUAUAAAACAAAGAGAAAAUUAAUGAUAAACACGCCAUUUUGUCUUCGCAUUGCGUAUGUACUAUAAGUACGACGUGCAAUCACGUUGCGCAGAUUACGCUUGUAUCGCGCAAUUAAUUACUCAUAGUAAGUAAUUAACAAUCUUUAAGAAUUACCUAUGUACUACAUAAUGAUAAAUAUAGAUUAUCCGUACGACUUUGUAUAUAA